AUGGCUGCUGGAAAUGAGAUAAACAUUACGAAUAAGCUCAAAAGGCAAGAGAUUUUUGCUGAUAUAAAACAUGAGAAGAAUAAAGAACGUCAUACAAUGAGAAGAAAGAGGGCUAAGGACGAGAGGGAGAACCCAGAACUACGGGAGCAAAGAUUGAAAGAUAACGUAACGAAGACUAUAGAAAACACGAGGGUCUAUGAUGAGACUAUUAGCAAAGAAGUGGAAGGGGACGAAGAAGAUUUGAUGAAAUACUUUAACGGUAAUUCCAACGAACCACCAAAGAUCUUCCUGACCACAAAUGUGAACGCAAAAAAGAGUGCUUAUGAAUUUGCUAACAUCCUGAUUGAGGUGUUGCCAAAUGUCACUUUUGUGAAGAGAAAGUUUGGCUAUAAGUUAAAGGAGAUAUCUGAUAUUUGUAUAAAGAGAAAUUUCACCGACAUUGUUAUAAUCAAUGAAGAUAAGAAAAAGGUAACGGGUUUGACAUUCAUACAUUUACCAGAGGGUCCAACUUUCUACUUCAAAUUAUCGUCCUUUGUGGAAGUGAAGAAAAUUGUUGGACACGGCAGACCAACUAGUCAUAUUCCAGAGCUGAUUUUGAACAACUUUCAAACAAGACUAGGUCAAACAGUGGGCAGGUUGUUCCAGUCUAUUUUACCUCAGGACCCUGAUAUUGAAGGUAGACAGGUGAUUACUCUACACAAUCAAAGAGACUACAUUUUCUUCAGAAGGCAUCGUUACGUCUUCAAAGACAAUGAAAGAGUGGGUUUGCAAGAACUGGGCCCACAGUUUACUCUUAAAUUGAAGAGAUUGCAAAGAGGUAUUAAAGAGGAAACUGAAUGGGAACACAAGCCUGAAAUGGAUAAAGAAAAGAAAAAGUUCUAUCUAUAG